UUGGAAUAAACUUGUUCAAACAAAGGAAAUAGUGUGCUUUCUCCUGGAAGAAGAUCUGCUGCCAUCAAAAUUCACUUAAUGUUUCAGCAAGAUCAGUUUCUCAAUGGAAACAUUUGUCGCUCUCCAAUAGCUGAAGCAGUUUUUAGAAAACUUGUAACUGAUGAAAAAGUUGAAAAUAAGUGGAGGAUAGACAGUGCAGCGACAUCUACCUAUGAAAUAGGAAGCCCUCCUGACUAUCGAGGACAGACUUGCAUGAAGAAGCAUGGCAUUACCAUGAAUCAUAUUGCCAGGCAGGUUACUAAAGAUGAUUUCCAGACCUUUGAUUAUAUACUAUGUAUGGAUGAGAGCAAUCUAAGAGAUCUGAAAAGGAAAAGCAACCAAGUUAAAGACUGCAAGGCCAAAAUUGAACUACUUGGAACUUAUGAUCCACAGAAACAACUUAUCAUUGAAGAUCCGUACUAUGGGAAUGAAAAGGACUUUGAAACUGUUUACGAGCAGUGUGUUAGAUGCUGUAAAGCGUUUUUGGAGAAGUCUCAUUAAUGCUUCAUCAUUUUAUUUCUAAAAGAAAAUAAUUAGCUUCUCCUGAAAUACGUAAGGUUUACUUGAUUGAUGUAUUUAAAUAGUAAAAUUAUGCCUCAGUAGGUUCAAAACUUUUUUCAGUUUAACUUUAUAUUUUAGCUUUUCUGUCAUCUAAUUAAAAAAUAUAGAAAAGUUUUAAUUGGAUUAGAUGAUCAAUCAUUUUGUCACACAUCAAUGUAAUAAUAAAGUAUAUCAUUCAGAAUAAAUUUAUCUGUGAACUCUUCCAGUGCUUUCUCACAAGCGCUGCAAAAG